UUAAAUUUUAUAUUUAUUUUUACAGUGCAAAUAUUUUGAUGGAAAAGAACCCAUUAUUGAGGAGAACGAUAUUUGUCUGAGUUUAAGCAUAAUGAAGACGGUAUUUAGCUGAGCAGAAACAAACACCUGAAGGCAUAAAUAAUAAGCAAUAUAAAAGCAACAUUUCAAGCACAUAAAAUUCUUGGAAGUUCCAACUAUUUAAAAAAUUAAUUUUAUUAAAAUUAUAAAUCUAAUAUUAAAUGUGUUACCUGUCUUCAAAUGUAGUCAUUCAAAUUUUUAAUUCCCAUCUAAAUAAUUCGUUCUUAAUGUUUUGAUUUUCAUAAAAAAGAAGCUGAUGAUGGAGGAUAAGUUUGGUCCAUUUCCUAUUUCUUCUGAAGUUAGGAGAGCUGUAGAAGAAUAUUUAAAUGUCCCUACAGUGUUUAAAGGCCAAUAUUGGACAAAAACCGGGAUAAAAUUUUCUGAUUCCAUUAAAAAUUUUCGAGAAAUGUUUACAGAUGUUCUUCUUGAUUUCAGGAUAGUUUCAAAUUCCUGUAAAGGUACAUCAUGGGAAGGAGAUGCUCAAUAUAUGGAGGCAACUAUUUCUCAAUUCAUUGACUGGCAGCAUGGGGUAGCAACCCCAGAGACUCCUUUUUAUAAAUUUAAUAAGGAAAAAUUUUGGGCAUACUCCAGCUACAAUUAUAUGAAUAUUAUUUUUUCCAAGGAAUUUAAAAUGUUACAGGAUAUGAACUGGGGACAGUUUGGAUUUCCAGAGAUAACUGGAAAAGAUAGCACUUUUUGGUUAGGUAGCACUGGUGCCAAUACACCUUGUCAUGUUGAUUCCUAUGGCUGUAAUUUAAUUGCUCAAGUUUUUGGAAGAAAAAAAUGGGUGCUUUUUCCACCUGAGGAUGCUAAAUUUCUCUAUCCAACUAGAAUACCCUAUGAAGAAUCUAGCAUUUUUAGUUCAGUUAAUGUUGCAGAACCUGAUCUAGAAAAACAUCCUCUUUUUAAGAAAGCUCAUCCCUAUGUUGUGAUUUUGGAAAAUGAUGAAGUCUUGUUUGUACCUAAGGGAUGGUGGCAUUUUGUUUUAAAUUUAGAUUCUGUCACUGUGAGUGUUAAUACCUGGAUCAAAUUGGAAUCAGAUUCCAGUAGUCAUCUUGCAGAAAGUGCUACAAAAGUUCUUAUGACUGCUUUGAUAUCUUCUUAUGAACCAGAGGGAGAAAUAUGGUUGAAUCCUAAAGAGGAAUUAGUAUCUCCUGAUGAAACUCUAGGUUACAUUAUUUCAACUCUAAAAGAAUUGAAAAAUAAGGGGGAUAUUUCAAAUUGCCAUGCUCAGGAUAGCAAAACUAAAGUUCCAAAAUUGAAAAAAGAAGAUAAUGUUCAUUCAGAAAGAUGUAAUGACAACAUUUUUAGUUUUCAGAACAUUAUUUCUGUCAAGUCAACAUCUAUUUUGAAACUGUAUUCUAAAGAGAAUGAAAUUAGCUCAGAAAAACCGCAGUGUGAUCAUGAAAUAACUACAGAAAAGAUAAUUAACUGUUUUGUUCAUCCAGAUGUAAUAAAGUUAGUUUGCCAAUUGCUAAAAGAAAUUUGAAUAAUAGUGUUUUUUGGAUGACUAACUGAAGAAAGAAAACUGCAAUUUUAUGUCAAGUUUUUAUUUUCUAAGCAUUCAUGAUUGUUGUAUUGAAAAUUUUUGGCAUUUGAUAUAAUGAUAACUCUUAAUUUAUGUAUAAAUUAAGAGUUAUCAUUAUAUCAAAAAGAGUUAUCAUUUAUAUAGAAAAAUGAAAAUAAUGUUUUGGAUGUUCAUGACAAAGCUUAUAUUAUGGAGCCCUUUUAUUAAAAUUUGUCCAAAAAUUAUCAGUAAUUAAUUACAAAUUAUCAGUGAUUCUACAUAGAUGCAUUUUAGGCUUAAAAUUAACCACUUCUCUAACAAUGGAUAGAGACAAGUUUUGAUUUAUGAAUAUUGAACUUUUUUUCAUUCUAAGAUGAUAAUUUAAUCACCAUAAUUAAAAAAACCUCAGAAUUCGGAAUAAUAUGCAUUCUAAAAAAUUGUUGCAUAUUAGUGGCACAUCUCAAAAAGGUUUUAUAUAGUAUACGGUUUUACAUAUAUUAUUAUAAGAGAUUCACUAAGAUUAAAUAUUAUUCUUGUAUCAUUAACAUUAUGUAAGUUUGUUUUUGUGAACAUACAGGUGUUUAAGACGUAUGUAAAUGGUGGUUUUGAGAUAAACAUGUCAGAUCAAAAUAAUAGAACUAGUAAUUUUGUUUUGAUAUUUUUGAAAUAACCUUUCUAAUAAUUUAAAUUAGGCUUGGGAUUUGUUUUAGUCUCAGGGGAUGGGAUGAAUAAAUGAGUUUGGUCUCAGAUAGGUUUUUCAAAUAUAAUAAAUUUUAAGUUUUAUCAUCUAACAUGUUUUGCAAAAAAUCGGUUGUUCAAUUCAGGAUAUUUCCUCCCCCUCGAAGUGUUGAGUUAGGUUUCAUUUCACACGUCAUUUUGAUCCGAUGUACAUUUCUAGAGAUAUUUGAUUGUUUCUAUACUUUUCAGACACUCUGCAUAUAUACAUAUAUCCUCUAAUCUAUAGCUUUUUAAUGUUUCAUUUUUAAUUGAAGUUAUUGUUGCCUCCAAAAAUUAUUUUAGGUUUUUUAAAUAUAUUAUUGAAUAGUCCUAAUUGUAUUGCCUAAUGUGAUAGUCAACAGUUGUGUUAAUGCCAUUUCAAAACUUUUAUGAACUUUCAAAUCAUUAUAUGUUAGUCAAUUCACUUCAAUUUUUAUAUAAAGAAAAAUGUUUUAACUCUUAAGAAUUAAUGGGUCAAGCAUACUUAAAGUGUUAUUUUAUCAUAUUUAUUAGCAAUAGGAUAAAAUAUUUAAAUUUAAAAAAAUUGGUAAAGGCAGGUAAAAAUGUAUGGGCAGUUUGUAUUGUACAAUGGUUUCCAAUCUGAGGUAAGGGCUGAAAGCAUCCUAAAGUCCUUUUUUUUUUUGCUGCCUACAAAGCAAAAUAUAUAUAUAUAUUUUUUUGUUGCGAAAAUUCAUAUAUUAAUUUUUUUAGUGCCCAAAUUAAAUAAGUUUAAAUUUUCUCAGUUUCUGAAAAUAAGUGCAUCCAUCUUUUGUUUUAUGAAAGUGGGUUCACUAGUUUUUGAGGUUAAUUAUUAUUAAAAGAAAGAUUAUUUAGUAUGAGCAUAUUACAAAUUAUCAUAUUUCAUUAUUUCUCUGUAUUAAAAUUUUUGAUUUAAAUUUUAUUAACUUUAAAAAAAAAACAUAUGUUUUAGAAACAUAUAACUGGAAGAGUGAAAAUGUGUACAGACUAGUGAUAUCUUUCAGUUAUUGGUUAGUUAACUUUUUACCUCUGCAAAUAUAUAUAUACACACACACUAAAUGAUUUUAAAAAUAAAUCACAUUUCUCACUUAUAACAUAAAACACAGUAUUUGUAGAAGUUAAUAUUUUUGUGCAAUUAUCGUAUGUAAGAUAUUGCUUAAUACUAAUACAAUUAAUGUUCUUGAGCUAAUGAUUUUGAUGAUUACUUGUAAUCAAGAAUGUUUGUGUUUUAUGAAGAACUUCUACAAUAUUUAAACAAUUUUUUGAAUGAAACCUAUUUCUAGAUAAUUUUUUCCUAGUCAAUUUAUUUUUAAAUAUUG